AUGGUUCGGGUGCGGGCUGUGGUGAUGAUCCGAGAUGACUCGAGCGGGGGUUGGGUGCCCAUGGGCGGCGGCGGCCUGAGCCACGUGAUGAUCUGCAAGGUCCGGCGGCCGGAAGAAGGGCGGCACCGGCAGUACCUCAUCAGCGGGGAGCGCCUGCGGGACCAGACGACCAUCUUGGAGUGCACGCUGAAGAGGGACCUCGUCUACAACAAGGUGAACCCCAUUUUCCACCACUGGAAAGUGGGGGACAGCAAGUUUGGCCUCACUUUCCAAAGCCCCGCCGAUGCCGUGGCCUUCGAAAAGGGGGUGCAAGCCGCCCUGGAGGAGAUCGCAGAAGGUUCCCUCUCGCCUUCCUCUUCCUCCUCCUCGCAGGAUGACGCCAACGGGACGGAUGAAGCUCUUGCAGUGCACACGGACAGCGAGUCUUCCUCUAACAGUCGGAAGGAAAUGCUCCCCAAGCCCAUCACCAUCGUGACCAGCGAGUCUUCGUCCAGCUGCUACCUCCGUUCGCCUGUCUCGGAAGAGUUCUCCUUUGGCGCGGCGCAAGGGGCGGUGUCUGCGGGACAGGCCCAACCGCAAGUCCUCCAGCAGCUGACCCUCCCGGACGAAGAGGACCUGGAGAGCCUCACACCCUGCAAAGAUCUGUGGGUCACCAAAGGGUACGAGGACUACCGGCGGGCCGCGGUCCAGAAGCGCCAGCCCGACCCCGACAAGAUCGACAUGUGCGUGCACUUCGAGAAGACUGGGGGCGGCGGCGGCAGCAAGUCCCCGCGGGAGAAAGAGUAUUGCUUCCCGCCUGGCGCCGAAGGCCGUCUCAAGGACCCCAAGGCCUCCCCCUCCUGCCACAUCCACGGUGCCCCGUCGCCCCCCAGACACAAAUCCUCGAAGGACCAGCAGCAGCAGCAACAGGGGGCUGUGGGGUUGGAGGAAGACGCGGCGCCCUCGCGCUGUGUCUACUGCCAGGACGUCUUCAACAACGAGGCAAACGGGCGCGGGCAGUGUCAGGACGCCCCCGACCCAAUCGGCCGUUGUGUCUACCAGUUCACCUGUAUGUGGUGCGCCGAGAGCAUGCUCUACCACUGCAUGUCGGACUCGGAAGGAGAGUAUUCGGACCCGUGCUCCUGUGACACCGGCCACCCCCACUUCUGCAUCCGCUGGAUGGCCUUGGUCACCCUGUCCCUCGUGGUCCCUUGCAUGUGCUGCUACCUGCCCCUCCACGCCUGUCACUGGUGCGGCGAGCAUUGUGGCUGUUGCGGUGGGAAGCACAAGGCGGUGCGGUGA